GAGCUAACUUGGAGUGGUUGUUGAUUGACAGCCUCACUACCGAUGUAUUCAAAUUACGUUUGCUGAGUGUAUUCAAUGGAGGAGCGACCUCGUUUGUUAAGUCAUUGGCCCCAAGUGGUGUUGCCUGGAAUGCAUGGGGGCAGAAAGUAUGCCAUAGAGGAGACAUUUAAUGGAAUCAGCAAAAAACAGUAUAUGGAGUCCAGGGACAGGCCUAAUGGUUUGAAGCCUAAUUCUUGGGCCAAACAACAGGGGAGGAGUAAUCAAAAGGCUAUGCCAAGCUGCCCCAGUGGAGCGAUUGUUCCUCCUGAACAGCACAACACCAGAGCUGACAGUAGCCUUGCACUUAUAGAUGACAUCCAAUUGGAGAUGGCCUGCUCCUGCAUGGAGCUAGCACUUGAAGGGGAACGUCUUUGCAAAGCUGGAGACUGUCGGAUGGGUGUGCAGUUCUUUGAGGCUGCUGUGGAAGCUGGGACAGAUGAUCUCAAGACACUCAGUGCAAUCUACAGUCAAUUGGGAAAUGCCUACUUUUACCUACAGGACUAUGCCAAGGCUUUGGAAUACCACAAACAUGAUUUGAACUUAGCCAGAACCACCAAUGACAAGAUUGGGGAGGCUAAAGCUUCUGGAAACCUUGGCAACACACUCAAGGUUAUUGGCAGAUUUGAUGAGGCUAUAGUCUGCUGUAUUCGCCAUUUAGAAAUUUCCAGAGAAAUAGAGGACAAGGUAGGUGAGGCCCGAGCCUUGUACAAUCUAGGCAAUGUCUACCAUGCCAAAGGGAAACAUUUAGGUCGACAUGGUAAUCAAGACCCUGGGGAGUUUGCCCCAGAAGUAAAAGAAUGUUUACAGAAGGCUGUGCAAUAUUAUGUUGAGAACCUUGAGUUAGUCAAAAGUUUAAGUGACAGAUCAGCUGAAGGCAGGGCUUGUGGUAACCUUGGCAACACUCACUAUCUUCUUGGUAACUUCUCUGAUGCCAUCAUGUUCCAUGAAAAAAGACUCUCUAUAGCCAAGGAAUAUGGAGACAAGGCAGCAGAGAGAAGAGCGUACACAAAUCUUGGUAAUGCUCAUAUCUUUCUGGGGGAUUUUGAGUUGGCAGCUGAUUACUACAAGAGAAGUCUUCAGAUAGCUAAACAGCUCGGUGAUAGAGCUUUAGAAGCUCAGGCAUGCUACAGCCUAGGCAAUACUUACACACUCAUGAGGGACUUUGAAACUGCUGUCCGCUACCAUCAGCGCCACUUGCUGAUUGCCCAAGAACUCUUUGACAGAGUUGGUGAAGGCAGGGCUUGCUGGAGCCUUGGAAAUGCCAAUUGUGCUCUAGGCAAUCAUAAGCUGGCUAUGCAGUUUGCUAACAGACAUCUGGAAAUUUCAAAGGAGAUUGGAGAUCAGACAGGACAAAUGACAGCACAAAUGAAUUUAGCAGAUCUAAAGGAAAUCAUGGGAGUGUCAGAGCAAACAAGUGGUAUAGAAAAAUCAGAAACAGCCUUUGGCAACAGGGCGACAGACAAAUCCAGACGCUUUAGCAUGGAAAAUAUGGAGUUGAUGAAACUAACACCAGAUAAGAAGCAGCAAACAAAACAAGUUACUGGAGGUGCCAGACCCAAACAGAAAGUUCAGAAAUCUGCAAGUGUUGCUGUGGACAUGGGUGUGGACCAGAAGAACUCACAGAAUGGAUCAGGUGAUGACUUUGAUGAUGAUGGUUUGUUUGACUUACUAACACAGUUCCAGAGUCGCAGGAUAGAUGACCAAAGGUGUUCUCUAAGACUCCAUGAGCAACCAUCACCAGAGGCUGAUGAAAGUAAAGAUGUUAGACUAGUAUCCUCCCCUGGCAGUGAAAAGUUGAUGGAUAUGGUGGCAGGUUUCCAGGCAUCACGUAUGAAUGACCAGCGAGCCAGUUUACCCACAUUCCCUGGACUGACCUCACAAGAUGUGAUAGGCCAGCUGUUGAACAAUUCAGGGGAAGAUAAUAAAAAGGUACCAGAUGACAGUUUCUUUGAGAUGCUCAUGCGUUGCCAGGCCACAAGGCUAGAAGAUCAGAGAAGCUCUUUACCGCAAGAGCUGUCUGCUCCAACUGUGCCUGAUGAAGAUUUUCUCAGUUUAAUUAUGAGAGUCCAGUCCAGCAGAAUAGACACACAGAGGUCAGAUUUACCUCAAAGAAACCCAUCCACUCCAGGAAAGAAGAAAAAAGGCACAUAGGCUAACUAUUCUAAGUGUUUGUGGUCCAGUUAUUGGGACCAGUGACAUGCAUUUAUUGAUCUGAGGAUGUUUUAUUUGAAGGAGACGUUAGAGCUUUCAAUCAAAUGUGUACAAUCUUUGUUUUUAGCAACUAACACUUUUGUACAUUAGUGUCUUUUAAGCAUCCAUUUAUAGACUGUUUUUAAUUGCUUUCUUUUAUCUCAUGUAUAGAUAACCUGUUUUGACUUUGAUGAUUUUAUAAAUUGUUACAUUUUUUUAUUGUUUUAAAUUUCGUUUUUUAAAAAUUAAGAAAAAAUUUGCCAAGCUUUUGUUUCAACAUCUUGGUAGAUUUAAAGUGUGAGGAAAAUUUUAUUUCCCAGAUUUCUCUUUAAUAAGCAUUUUUUUUUUUUUGGCUUCUUAAUUUUUUUCUUUCUGUGUAAUAUUUAUCACAGGAAGUUCUGAUUGUCUCCACAAUACAACUUGUGUCCACCUCUAUUGAAAUGUUCUAUUUAUUUCUGCAACAUAAGCAUCAUUGAAGAGACAGUGUAUUAACAUAGCAGUAUUGAUUAAUAAUACUUUGUAUUCUGAAGAGGUCAUCAUUGUGUUUUACUCAUGGCAUUAACCUCUAUUAACAUCUGGUUUAAAAUAGUAGUCAUAAUGUUUGUAUUUUUCCUAAUUUAUUUGUUGCUGUUAUUUUUAAGGAUAAAAUUCAUUAUUUUUAUCCAGAUAAUGAUAGUUGUUAAGUAAAUAUACAAAUAUCUGAAUCUCUUAUUAGUUUGAGCUGAUAAAACUUAAUAUUUCUUUGAAUGAAAAUGGUUUUGAUAAGUUUUUCUGAUUCCUAUGUUUAUAUUUUAACCAGCAUAUUAUUAUUAUUUAUUUUCUGUUUACGUAUAAACUAAUCAGACUUACUUUUGCAAGCCUUAUGUCCAAAUUUUACUCUAUUCUUUUCUGUGGUGCUAAUUUUUGUCUGAAGGUGACUUCAUUUUGUUUGAUUAUUUCAUCAUUUUCUUGUUUACAAAAUACUUUCUUAUUGUUUGAACAUGUGGACAUUGUUGGAACUCAUUUCUGACUAGUAACUUAUUGCCAAAAACUAAACAAUGUUCACUUGUUAACUGAUAAAAAGAAGAAAUCAGUGGGGAUGUAGAAAAGUUACAUUAACUUGGCAUAAUGGCAUUGUGCGCUGGAGCUUGAAGCUGUAGGUCACACAUAGACACAAAUGUCAACCAUUUUGUUUUCUAUCAUGUUGAGUCACUCAACCAUGGGUUAUAAUUACACAUUACAAUACAAAUCUUGACCCUUAUAUAGCGCUUUGUUUUUUUUUCUUGCUACUAGCACUAUCGGAAUGUUUGAGGCAUAUCUGUGAAAUGUAGCUAAUUGAGCCCUAAAAAACAAAUAAUGAAAAAUACUUAGGCCUUGAAUCAUUGUGGUCUGAUGUAUUAGCAUUAAUUUUAAACUAAUCUUACAUACCAUGAAAAAGUGAAGAAAUCCUUUAAGUUCAUGGUAUUUUUUUUUCUGAUGUUUUGUCUAAAAAUAUUGUUUCCAUUAGUAUUUGAUUAGACAAUAUCCUAAAGGCUACAUUGUUCUUGGCCAGAUUUUCUAGUCAAAAGUCAAAGUCAAAAAUAAGAGUGUAAGACAUCUUGUUUUUAUUCCAGACAGGAAUUUAGAUUUUCAAAAUGCCUUUAUUGUUUUUUAAUCCGCCUUGUGUGUUUGGGAGUGUUGAAUUUCUAAAACAAAAGAUUUAUUCAAAUGAAUGCAUUUAUUCAGUAACAUGUUAAGCCAUUAGAUUGUUUUCUGUUAUGAUUUUAUGCAUUUGUUAGUCAUUCUUAGAAUUGUUUUAUCUUUUCAAUUCCUCAUAAAUAUAAAUAAUCACUAGCUAUAGCAGUGGUCACAUGCAGGAAUAAUAUUUUUUAAAAAAACACCCGUAUAUUAUGAAUGAAAAGGUUCAAUGUUUGAGCACGGAGGCGAUGAAAUUACUUAGUACAAUGAAUGUCUUAAUGUUUGGCAUUGAAUCAUUGAGAAAGAUAGUGUGGGAAAAUUAAGUGAUGACCAUGUGAUGUAUUUGUUGCAAUCAGGCACAUGUAUAGACUUAAACAUUUUUUUUAUUAGACCAUGAAAACCUGGGUGCAUGUCGAACAUAAAGAAAUACUUUUCACCUUUCCUUCUCAAACCCCUACACAAAUUAUUAAAUCAUGUCUUUGAGUCGCAAACCUCCUGAAGCCUUGUGAGGUCAAAGUCAGGGCAUAUUCAGAAAGUUUCUUAAAUUCCUAUAGUGUACCACCAACUCUGUGGAAGGAAUUAUUGAAAAAUAGACCCACUUGAGGAGUAGAAUAGUAAAAGCACUGUACUUAUCUCUGACCUGGAUAGCUUGUGAUUCCUGUUACUCCCUCAUCCAUGUCACUUUUCAUAUUCCUGGAGGACAAACUUACACACAAACCACACUUUGUUCUUAUGACUCUAUUGUUCUCCACUGCUUUUUUUUUUUUUUUUUUAGAUGUUUGCAUCUGCAGUUUGUUUUAUCUGUAUGUUCUGUAAAUAACGAGUUGAGAUGUUUUGUGACACGGGACAUUGGUCUUUCUGUCCAGGUUAUUAACUAUUAUCUCUUAGAUCAUUUUGUUUUGUCUAAAACCAAAAGGUCUGUGCUUCAUUUUUACUUUGUUGUGUACAUACUGCUAGGUUUAUAGUUCCAUUCUAGACUUAGUUUAAACUUUAUAUACUUAGAAUUGUCAUGCUGUUAAUAAAGCCUAAUGCCAAAUAAUCUUGAUCAGUUUGUUCCAAGUGAAAGUUGAGAAGUUUUAUCUAUUUAACUACUUAUUAUGAAGAGGAAGAUCAACCUGAUAUAGAAGGUGUAUAAUUCUUCUUUCCAACUGGUCAAAGUUGAUAGCACCAACCAAAAGUCAAACUUUGUUGCUUGGUUUAAAGAUGUAUGAUGUUGAUGUAGCAGUUUUUAUCUAUUGGUUUACAAGGUGAUGUGUCAACAGUGCAUGGCCUUAGUUUUUAUGUCAUGGUGUUUCUUAACAGAUUUGCUACAUUUAUAAUAACUACUAAUUAAAACUAGGUAGACUCCUGAACUAAUGUACAUUAUUGCAGGCAAAACUAAUCUUGGAUGUAUGAUCAAGUGGGCUGACCACUCAAUAAACAUCAACUUUGUCUCCUGAUUUUUUAUUUUUCAUCAUCUCUAAUGUUCAACUUAUUUGAACACAUUUGCUACAGAAUCAAGUUUUUGGAAGUGUGUUCCACAAUCUGUAUGUUCCACAAUGGGGGCAAAUCUAAAAAUAAAAGAAACUUGAAUCAGUCUGAUA